AUGCUUCACUGCCUGUUCAUGGCGAUGACACUGAAUGAGUCAGUUCCUGCUUCGGACCCUGACCACAGUGAUAAGGCGCAUCUCGAGCGCCGCCCACACGAUGGAUGGUUUAGGAGGUGUGAUGGGAGCCUGGUCCAGCAGAGCCGAACCUUUUUUCUGUCAUUUCCCCGACUGUUCGUGCGAUUCACCUGCAAUUCAUGCCAACUGGCUGUCAAACAAUUCUCACUGAAGCUUUUAUUGUGCCUUUGCAGGGACAAGUUCUCCUUCAUAAUAAAAUUUUCGUCCGAUACGCAACGAGUGCUGCAGUAUCAGCCCAAUCUUUCGAUAGUAGAGGCGUUCGGCUAUUUCGGAGGAUACAUCGGAAUAUGGCUGGGAUUUUCGUUGCUAUCAGUGCUGCUUAAUCUUGAAGAGCACAUGGCCAAAAUGUUUGCCAAGCGGAUGCAGAGAGUCAAGGCAGCUGACGACACCGUGAUGGUCUUGCGGCUGAAGCAGCGCUUCUGAGGCCUUCGCCUGCAGCUGACGUCGGCUCGAAGACGGCGAAACGCUACAUACGCGAUCCAGCGGCGCGCACGCUCUGGCUUAUACACCUCACACGCUCGGCAGUGUGACUAGGAAAAAUGCGUUUCGUGCUGCAGCUGCCAUGUUUUUGCCGCGAAACUGAACGAACUUCU